CUGCUCACGCGAGAGUUAGGAAAGGCCGUGGGGCGGUAAGGGAACAGGAGACACAACAAACAUGGCGGCGGUGACGAAGACGGCGGGGGCGACGGCGACAGCAGCGGCGUUGAACAAGGCGGUAGGGGUUACUCGGUGCGCCUGUCAGGAGACCUCUGUAUGGCUUUUCAAUUUUAGUUGAAAUUCCCUCCAUGGCCUUUUGGAGUCCUUUGGUGUAUCUCCAGAGUAAAUUUCGAUUACUCUACAUUUCAUCCAUGUUGGAGUGGCAAGAAAAAGGAGGAACUGAUUUGGGGUGAAAAGGUAUAACGAACUGUAAACUAAAAAAAAAAAAAAUUAAAAAAAUAAAAAGCAAAGAUGGGUGAAAAGAAACCAGAGCCUUUGGACUUUGUGAAAGAUUUCCAGGAAUACCUGACUCAGCAGACCCAUCAUGUCAACAUGAUUUCUGGAUCAGUUAGUGGGGACAAAGAAGCAGAGGCUCUUCAGGGAGCUGGAACAGAUGGUGAUCAAAAUGGACUUGAUCACCCAUCUGUUGAAGUUUCCCUGGAUGAAAACUCAGGAAUGUUAGUAGACGGGUUUGAAAGGACCUUUGAUGGGAAGCUCAAGUGUCGGUACUGCAACUAUGCCAGCAAAGGCACCGCACGGCUCAUUGAACACAUUAGAAUCCACACAGGUGAGAAACCUCAUAGAUGUCACUUAUGUCCAUUUGCAUCUGCUUAUGAGCGUCAUCUGGAAGCCCAUAUGCGUUCCCAUACAGGAGAAAAACCAUAUAAAUGUGAAUUGUGUUCCUUCCGCUGCAGUGAUCGAAGUAACCUGUCGCAUCAUCGAAGGCGCAAGCAUAAAAUGGUACCAAUUAAAGGUACUAGGUCUUCCUUAAGCAGCAAGAAGAUGUGGGGGGUUUUACAGAAGAAAACAAGCAAUCUGGGCUAUAGCAGACGAGCACUAAUCAACUUAAGCCCACCUUCCAUGGUGGUUCAGAAGCCAGACUACCUUAAUGACUUUACCCAUGAAAUCCCGAAUAUCCAGACUGACUCCUAUGAAAGUAUGGCAAAACCCACACCAGCUGGUGGCCUGCCAAGGGACCCCCAAGAACUCAUGGUUGACAACCCUUUAAACCAGCUGUCAACUCUAGCAGGACAGUUGUCCAGUUUGCCACCUGAAAACCAAAACCCCGCAUCCCCUGAUGUAGUUCCCUGCCCUGAUGAGAAGCCUUUCAUGAUGCAGCAGCCCUCUGCUCAAGCAGUAGUUUCUGCCGUGUCAGCCAGUAUUCCUCAGAGCUCCUCUCCCACUAGCCCUGAAGCUCGGCCAUCACAUAGUCAGAGGAACUAUAGUCCGGUGGCAGGUCCGAGCAGUGAACCAAGUGCUCACACGAGUACUCCCAGCAUGGGAAACAGUCAGCCAAGCACUCCAGCUCCGACCCUGCCGGUCCAGGACCCUCAGCUUCUACACCACUGCCAGCACUGUGACAUGUACUUUGCCGACAAUAUCCUUUACACUAUUCAUAUGGGAUGUCAUGGGUAUGAAAAUCCUUUUCAGUGUAACAUAUGUGGAUGCAAAUGUAAAAACAAGUAUGAUUUUGCCUGUCAUUUUGCAAGAGGGCAACAUAACCAACACUGAUGGGAAACAAUCACGUUAUGCUUUACUUGGUUUGCCUUUUUGUGUUUUGUAGUUUACUGUUGUUUUCUGCAGGGGAGGGGUGGGGGGUGUCGUCCCUAUUAAGGUGUUGCUAAUUUAAAGUCUUAUACAUACAGAGUAUAAAUUUGACAGUGGAAACAAAAUUUUUUUUUUCUUCCAUAAAAACCUCAUCAGGGUCAUUUAUGUAUUAGAACAGUUGGACACGUUGGUGUCUGUUUUUUCCUUUCAUUUAGACAUUUGAGAAUUGGAGUGCAAUGAUAAUCUUACAAGUGGUCAUUUAAAUUUCUCACAUUUAUGGUCCAUAAUAACUUCAAGGCUGAUAGAUACCCUUGAUUUCAACAUCUACACUGCAGCUAGACGUUAUUUCUGCCAUAAUUUCAAAAUGGUAAAUUACUUUCUCUUACAAAAUCUGUUACAAUUUAUUUCAAUGUUUAGUGGAGGAAUUGCCUUGAAAAUUGCCAUUAAUUAAAAACUAUCUAGUAAACAUAGCUUAGUUGAAUCAGUAGUUUAAUUUCAACUGAUAAUAGUAAAGCAAUUUCAGUGUAGUAAAUCUUUCUUUUUUCCAUAAGGGAAAAUAAAAAACAUUUAAUUCUUUUAAAAUUAAAGUUAUAAAAAUAGGUAAAAGUUCUGAAAAGAAAUGAAACUUAAGACUUUAAAUUGAAAAUGGAGUUUAAUAUUUAAAAUACCUGCCUAUUCAACUUGUAGUUUAAACACAGCAAUUUUCCAUUGGAUUCUUUUUAUUAUACUUGUAAUUUAUUUUAAAAACUACAGGUAAAUAUAUGAGAACGCUAGAAAUAUCAGAGGAUUAUCUAUGAAGAUGCCUUUUUUCCUUUUAAUCUGAACUGUUCAUUUAAAUCUUCAUUCUGAUGUUACACGGGAGGUUGAUAACGAUACUGAGGAUCUGUUAUUCCUUCUAUUCCUUUGAUGACCAAAGAGGUACAGUGGAAGUCAUCCAUCUUGUUCCUAGGAAAUGCGGUCCUUCCCGCCAAAAUCUGAAGUUUCCUUUUCCUGCCUUCUAUCCAUUUAUUGCCCAUAAUUUUCAAGAAAAGGUAGGUAUAGAAACACAUGGGAAAGUGUGAUGGUGAAGUGAUAUUUACAAAAAUGAGAACAUAUGUCCAAAAUGAAUUCUGGACUCCUCUUCAGAAUUGGCCAUUUAUUUUCUGUGAAUUCAAGUUGUAAUGCUUAUUUGCAGUUUUACCAGUCUUUAAUGUACAGCAAGAAAACUAUAUAAAACUGUGAAUUGAAUCAUCAUUAGUAGAAGAGGAUUAAAAAAAAUGUGGAAAUAGAUAUAAAAAUGAAUUUAAACAUGAUACUUAAUUUGUUUACAGAAAUAAAACUUGCUGUAUAAAUCCGCAGUAAUUAGUUUUGACUAGGAGGCUGUUUUUGUGUAAUAACUAGCGUACUCUGAGGACAGCUUGGUCAAACAAUAAAAUAUAUUGUUACUAACUGUUGGUUUCUGUGUACUUUGCAAAAUUUUUAUUUUUAAUUUGGUUCAAAUCUUGAAAGUUACUAAUUGGCUUCUUAAGCAAGUAUUCUAACUAUUAAGCAUUAUAACUAAGAAGGACUUCUACACUUAAUAGUAAGUGAAAGGGUAAUGUUGAUGGUAUAAGUCCACAAAAACCCCCCAGUGCCAAGUUAAUGCAUCUUCUGCCCUCCCUUCCAAAUGCUAGAAAGCCAUUAAAAUGAGUUCUGUGGUUUAAUAUCCAAUCUAAACGAAUCUCCAUCGCAUUGUUGAAAAAGCAGCAUCAAGGAGUUUCUGCAAACAAAUCUUGUCAGUCUGAGGCUUGUGAAUGUAAAGUGUGCAGCCUGUUCUGCUCUGUUGCUUGGAGCGCUCGCUGCUCAGAUCACUUUUAGUGCAGCCAUUUCCCAGUGUGUAGCUUGGCCCUCAUAUGUAUAUAUUGUCAGAAACAAGUUGCUGUCAUUUGGAAGCUUUUGUGGUUAUUUUUUUCUUCUAUUUUAUUCUUCAUAUAAAAGCAAUACCACAAAAUAGAAAAUGAAAGUUUUCAUUAAACAAAAAAGAACUCUCAUGUUAAAACCAGUCUAUUAACUGUAUAUUCUGGGCCAAAUAGUGACAAAUACAUUUUUUUUCUGACAACUAAAGAGAGACGUUUUGAAAGUACAUUUUAGUUCAAACAGAUUUUUUUUCACAAUUGCAAACUAGAAUGUAUAAUUUUAAAAUUCCUAGGACCUAAAGAGCACAGUUGUAUUCCAAAGGUAUCGAUGCUUGAAAGCUGUAGUUAAUUCUAAAUGCACUGAAGUUUUUGAAGCAGAUCUACCUUAGAAACCUUCUUAGUAUUGUAUUUUUAAAAAUAUUUAGGAUUUUAUUUAAAUUUUUUGUGAGUUAAAUUCUGUAUUGGAAAGAUGUUAGUAUCUUCUAUUAAGUAUUGAAUAUGUUUCUCCCAUUUUAUUUUUAAUCAAAUAUUUUAUAGAAAUGAGUUCAGAAAAGUUUAACAUGCACUAUUUAUAAUACUUUGCUGUUAACAGGCAAUGUUCUGAAACUAAAUUUAUUUUUGUUCAGUGAACAUAAGUUUAGAUUUUUAAAGUUGGUAGAUACUUUAUCUCCACUAAUAUUUUUUUAAGAAACUGUGAAGAGAUUAACAGGGAGUAAUUUUAUUUCAGAUUUUAUGAAUAUAGUAUGUAGCUACAACUUCUUGAAAUUCAAGUAAAGGUUAGACUUUUACUUUGAAAAAAUUUCACUGGAUAUUUUCCAGUGCUAUUUCAUUUUAGAAAUAAGUGUUUGCCAUUCAUCUGCAGAACUGUUUGACAAAGGGAAUAUUACUAAAAAAUGUUCAGAGAUAAACCUCAUUUAAGUUCUACAAAAAUAUUUAUCAAAUGGAUGCAUUAUUUUUUAAAAAAUUCCCUGCUAAGGACUUUUCAUUAAUUAGUCUUAGAGGGUAUAUGGUUUCUAGAACUUGGUUUUGUUAAUAUGUACUUUGAUGUCAAGAACGUAUUUUGUAUGUAAAACAUAAAACUUGAGUAUGGUUGCAAAACACACUAUUGUUUAGGGAUUCCAGAAAGCAGUUUAAUGCUGAAAUAACUCUAUCUAGUAUGUAGUUCAUAUUGUGAAUGAAGCUUUGCUUUUGUAAUAUAUGAAUAAAAAAUAACACUUUUUAAUGACCUCGAUUUUUCUUUUUUGAAAACUAGGAUCCAAUUAGUUUUUUAAAUAAUUUUCCAGUGUGUAAAAUGUUAAUUUUUUUUGAUUUUAUGGCUACCUUGGUUUGGAUUUGUAGAGUGCCUUACCCAUGAGAAGAUGUUGCAUGAGUUAAAAGCAAAAACAGUUCAAUAAUGAGCAUCUUGUCUCCUUCCUAAUUUCUUCUAUUUAAGGUGUGACCCCUGCCCCCCCAACUGUUCUGGCACAUAAAUGAGGAAGGCUUCAUGCUUCCUGAUGCUUAAUUAUCUGAUGCUUAAUUAUCCAUGUCACAUCUGACAAGUGACUGACUGAAGUAGUUUCUGUUAUGACAAAUGGAUCUUUUAGAAUGGACUGAUUCCCCCCCGCCUUUGGCAAUUCACAUCAUUGGCCUAGAAAACACCCAGUAAUACAGAAUUGUUUAAAUUAGUUUGCAAAAUCGUAACCAAAAUGGCUUUGAUUGGAAAUCAAGUUUUAAUGCUGCUUUGAAAAAUACUUCCGUACAAUGUUAUCUUUCUCAUAAUGAAAAAAAGAAAUAACAUCUGAUAAGUCCAUGGUUUGUUGAAAGCACAGGUAUUUU